AUGUUUGGCAGGGAUGUAGAGAAGGCGCCAACUCGGAGGCAGCCGUCACCAUGCCCUUCUGAAGGCAAUACCGAGGACCCUCAGAACCUCCAUCACACGAUUUCAAACACAAACGCCCCUCCUCCAGUCUUUGAUCCUGAAAACUUCGACCCACCAGAUGGAGGCUUCACAGCCUGGUCCCAAGUUCUUGCUGGUGUCUUCAUCAAUUGCUUGGCAUGGGGCUACCCCGCCUCAUUUGGUGUAUAUCAGCUUCAUUAUGAAGAAUCGCUUGGAUUGCCUUCGUCUCAAAUCUCGUGGAUCGGUUCCUGCCAGACUUUCCUGACGUUCGCGUUCUGUGGUCCAGCCGGCCGUCUUGCCGAUGCUGGAUAUACCAGAGAGACUGUCGCCUUCGGAAGCUUCUUGGCUAUCUUGGGAACGUUCAUGACCAGUCUGUGUAAAGAGUAUUGGCAAAUCUUCUUGUCCCAGGGCGUCUGCACAGGUAUCGGCUUAGCCUUGCUAUUCAUGCCUGCUGUGACUGUUGUUGGUUCGUAUUUCAAAGCCAAGAAGGCAUUUGCUUUGGCGCUGGCUGCUACGGGCACUGGGCUGGGUUCCAUCAUUUUCCCUGCCACUCUCCAAUAUCUCAUUCCACAAAUCGGUUUCCCAUGGGCCGUCCGCUGUGCUGGCUUUGUCGCUCUCGUCUUGAUAGUUGCCGCAAAUCUCAUACUAAAGCCGUACCUCGCCCCCAGAAAAUCAGGGCCCUUGAUAGAAUGGGAAGCCUUCAGGGAACUCCCCUAUUUAUUGUUCGUGCUUGGCGCGUUUCUGAACUUUUAUGCAUUAUACUUUGGCUUCUUUUAUAUCAAUGUUUAUGCUCGCAACGUAAUUGGGUUUACAGCAGUUGAGGCUGUCAGCUUGCUACUGAUUGUGAACGCAAUGAGUAUUCCUGCACGGCCUAUAAUGGGAUACCUGGCAGACAAUGUUCUGGGACCGAUAAACGCGUUCCUUAUUGGCAUGACUGCACUCAGCGUCAUGGUGUACUGCUGGAUUGGCGUCAAGUCCGUCGCUGGCAUGUACGCUUUCUGCGUCUUCUUUGGAUUCGUGAACGGCGCGUGUCGGGGAACAUUUGUUGGUGCUAAUGCGAGCUUGACUAAAGGCAAUAAAGAUCCCCGUAAGAUGGGUACUCGCUUCGGCAUGGUACAGACUAUUUCUGCAUUUGCCAGUUUGGCCGGACCACCGACUGCUGGUGCCAUUCUGGAUAGAUCGAAUGGCAACUUUGUAUAUGCACAGAUUUGGGGUGGUACUGUGUUUUUGUUUGGUGCUCUCAUGAUUGCUUCAUCCAGAGUUGCGUCAACCGGAUUUGUUCUGAUGAAAAAGAAAUAA